CUGAGACUGACGAUGACCUCUUGCCAUUUGUCUUGUUCAUGAAGAAGUCCAUGAUGGAGACGAGCAAGGCUCAAGACAAAAAGGACAAGAGGUCAUCUUUCAACGGGCGAUGGUCUUGCGAAGCACUCCUCAAGCACGGGUGUCCGGCAACCUCAAAACAGAUGGAGGCUAUCUGCUUCACUAUCGUCAACAUGGUCAAGAAGUACCACCUCGGAGGUCCUGCUUUCCUGAACCUGUACGACCAGCUCCACCAGGACAAAGCCGAUAGAAAUCAGGAUCUCAUUUUCAAGGAGCAUAUUCAGGCCGUCUGUACUGUCCUACUGGUCUCAAAGGCUAGGGUAGACACGUGCUUGAAGCACGAGAAUCUCGGCAGCCUGGUCGCAUUUCCUCUUAGUAUGCUGGAAACCAGCAUUGCCAGUCGCUCGUACAAUAACAGGCGCAAGGCGCAAAACAGGCGCGGCAAGAAGGCUAUGGAGGAGGAUGCUGAAGCCAGCGCUGCCGACAAUGCUUCCAGCACGACAGCUACUGGCAGCGAUGACACCAAGGCUACAAAUACUGCAGAGACCGUCAGUCGAGAUAAGGUACGAGGAGAGAUAUACUGCAGAACCUCCGUCAAGAGGUAGCCGCAAGCGCUCUGCUACAGAGUGCUUGGGACCCCCGAGCUCAUCGCAGCCUCUAUUAUCAAGCGGUACCAACAACCGAGGCCGUUCCUGGGU